AUGCAGCGGGCCGAGCUCCGGGAGGGGGAGGCGGCGGCAGCAGCGGCGGCGGCGGCCUCGUACCGGGUGCUCAGCCGCCUGCUGGGCUAUGGGGCCGGGCCGCAGCCGGGCGGCGGCUCCAAGGGCCCCGCUGAGGAGGGCGGCGCGGCGGGGGGGUCGCCGCCGCCGCCGCUGAGGGGCUCCCGCCCGCCGCCGCAGCUCAUGGUGUUCCGCAACGUGGGGCGGCCGGGGGAGGGGGGCGGCCCGGCGGGCCCGGGCGGGGACGGGCCCGGCCCCUCGGAGCUGCUCUGCCCGCGGCACCGCUGCGCCCUGGAGCCCAAGGGGGACCCGCGCUGGGGGGGGCUCCCGCCGGCCGGGCUGGAGCUGCAGCUGGCGGCGCUGGAGCUGCAGCGCGGGAAGGGGCCCGGCGGCUGCCCCUGCCUCGGCCUGCUGCCCGCGCCGGGCGGCCCGGCCGCCGAGGAGACCAGCGACGCGCUGCUGGUGCUGGAGGCGCUGGAGCCCGACGAGGCCGAGAGCGGCUCCGAGGAGGAUCUGGGCAGCCCGGGCCGGGCCGGGGCCGGCGUGGGAGGGAGGUCGGGGGGCCGGGCCCAGCCGCCGCCGCCGCCCCCUCCUGCCGCGCCGCCCGGGGCAGGCGGCCCCGCCGCUAGGAAGGGCUCGCUCAAAAUCCGCCUCAGCCGCUUCUUCCGCACCAAGAGCUGCAGCGGCUCCUCGGCCGGGGGGGAGCCCGCCGCCGGCAGGAGGCGCUCGGGGGAGCUGCCCGCCUCGGCUGGGAGCCUGACCGACGUGUCCAGCCCCAGGGGCCGGGAGCAGGACUCGGGCAGGAAACCCCGAUUGACAAGAACUCAAAGUGCCUUUUCUCCGGUUGCUUUCAGCCCCCUCUUCACAGGUGAAACUGUGUCACUAGUGGAUGUGGACAUCUCCCAGCGAGGACUGACCUCGCCUCACCCUCCGACUCCUCCACCUCCGCCACGGAGAAGCCUCAGCCUGCUAGAUGAUAUCAGUGGGACGCUGCCUACAUCUGUUCUAGUGGGUCCGAUGGGGUCUUCCCUGCAGUCUUUCCCUCUGCCUCCGCCUCCUCCACCCCAUGCCCCAGAUGCAUUUCCCCGGAUCGUCCCAUUCAGACCGACAGAGGCAGUGAACAGCCAGACCACCCAGCAUCUUCACUGUCCUCUCUACCGACCAGACUCGAGCAGCUUUGCCGCUAGCUUGCGAGAACUGGAAAAGUGUGGUUGGUACUGGGGACCAAUGAACUGGGAAGACGCAGAAAUGAAGCUGAAGGGGAAACCAGACGGAUCCUUCCUGGUACGAGACAGUUCCGACCCUCGUUACAUCCUGAGCUUAAGCUUUCGAUCACAGGGCAUCACCCAUCACACCAGAAUGGAGCACUACAGAGGAACCUUCAGUCUGUGGUGUCACCCCAAAUUUGAGGAUCGCUGCCAGUCUGUGGUGGAGUUUAUAAAGAGAGCAAUCAUGCACUCGAAAAACGGGAAGUUCCUUUACUUCCUGCGAUCCAGGGUUCCAGGUCUCCCUCCAACGCCUGUCCAGCUCCUGUAUCCUGUCUCCAGGUUCAGCAACGUCAAAUCCCUCCAGCACCUUUGCCGCUUCCGGAUCAGGCAACUUGUCCGCAUAGACCACAUUCCAGAGCUCCCACUGCCCAAGCCUUUGAUCUCCUACAUCCGGAAGUUCUAUUACUACGACCCCCAAGAGGAGGUGUAUCUGUCGCUGAAGGAAGCUCAGCUGAUCUCAAAACAGAAGCAGGAGACUGAAUCCUUGACGUAGCGAGGCUGCCUCGCCCAUCUUGUCAUUGUCACAGACGGAAUUUGCUUGCUGAGAUCCUGUAGCAAAGAGCCUAAGCAAAGCUACAGCAGAAAGGAGGCGCAGGAAGGGGGAAGCCUGCCUCUGCAGUAGUGACUUCUGCUUGCAAGCUCUUUUGUCCUCUGAAGAGGCUUCAGGACUCCUAAGAAGCACAGCAGAAUGGAAAUUGGAGCUCUGGCUCCUGGCUUGGGGAUGGAGCCUUUGACAGCAAGUGAACUGGAUCCCAGACUCCUCGCAGAACGGAGAAUGUCAUGGCACUGUUUAUGAUUUAUGUUUUUAUUUUUGAUGUUUCCAUUUCUCAGCAUGGGAAAUAUUGUCUUUAAGAGCAGCUGGAUUUUUACACCGCAGAUUCAAGGGUGAGGGAAGAAAGGGAUCUCGCUGCAAGAUCAUCCAAUCCAGCCAUCCUGGUAAAACUGCUCUUUGGCUACCAUCCAUGUGGCUGUGGCCAAAGAACUGCUGAGAAGGAAAAUGGGCCAGAUUCGUGUGCAGCUAUGUAGAAUAAUUGGGGGUGGGAGGGAGGAGAGGCGCUAGCGCUCUAAACAGUGCAGCUUCGUAGAUCCUGUGCUUUCUAGGAGACGGUGCAAGAGCCCAGCCCAGCCUGGAGUAGCCGAGUGAUCCUGUGCGCUUUCACAUCCUAUCCAAGGAGGGGAACUGUGUGUGGUCCAUUCAAAUGUUGUGAAGCCUUCUGCCAGUGGAAUAGCUUGUAGCAUUGAGGGCCAAGAGGCUAUCAGCCACCCAGCAAAUGCCAGAAGAUCUAGCCCAAGAGUUUUUUGGGCUAAAGUCCUUUACAGUUCCUCCUGUGAUAGCUGUGGAAUCUGGCAAAGCUGUUGUCUAAAUUCCAGCAAUCCCUGAGCCAAGGGCAUUCCUGCCUCACUGAAGCAAUCUCAGCACUGCAGAGCCAUGGGGAGUUUUGUUAUGGCCUCUGUGCUGGCUAUGCCCAAAAGCUGUGAAUGAAAUGGCUUUUUAAUCAAAGGAGCAGUGUCGAAUCCUGACAACUAAUUGCGAACGCUGUUGUGGGACAUCUCUCUGACUCAACAGAUGGGGAACAAAUUUUUGACCCUGACCGUGGGUUAGGUGGGAUGAUCCCAACGUAAUUGGAGACGGCUUCCUGAUCUUCCUGUGAGGGUGAUGCUCUGUAUUUCUAGCCUUUCUGGUAACGAACUAGAACAUGAUCUGGGAGUAUUGCAGCACAGAACAAUUCCUGCAGAUGGGGCCAGUAACAGGAGAGCUAAAACAGUGUUGCUUCUACUGUAUUUGCCAUGUGGCUCCUACAUUUUCCAUGGCUUACUGCAUUUUGCGCUAGUAAUAGCCCUCUCAUCUCAAGGAGCCUGGUCUGCUGCUGUCUUCACAGCUGCUAAGGAGUUGUUUUCAUAGCAAAAUGUAGUGUCUGCCCUUUGGUGGGGAUGAGACACUUCUAAGGAGGGAUCUCGCGUCCUGUAUAGUUAAACUAAAAAUUCCUCUCAACGUGACUGCUGCCCACCUUCCCUCCCAGCAGCGUGGUGAUCUGGAAGUUGUGAUGUUUGUGUCUGGCACUCGGGCUGUGAUCUAACCUGGCAGUCCUUUCGCCGAGUUCUGAGUGUCCCCUACGUUGGAUGUAGCAGUUCAUGAGCCUUUAGGAUUCACACCGUUCCUUAAGGAAUGAUGUACAUAUUGAGGUUAGAGAGUAGCAUGAAAUCUGCCUCGCUCUCUGCAAAGAGCUCCUACAGAGCGGGCCGGAGGCCAGGGCUCUUCCUUUUCUGUGUAAAUGAGAACAGCUUAACUUCCGGAUGAAGCCACAACAAGGCUUAAGCAGUCUCUAGAAAUACCUCAUCUGAAAAAAUUUGCUACUGAAUCUGCAGCCUGUUGGUGGUUACCUAUUUGGGCAGGGGGUAGCAGAGAGGGAUGAAUACCCUCUUAGACUGGUCAUUUACAGAACAUCUACACUACCCCCUCUCCAAAAAACAAAACAAAACAAAAAAUAUCCCAACACACGACUGCAAGUCUCGGAGCCUGAGUCAAGCUAUGGAGGCUGAAAAUAGCAGUGUAGAUGUUCCUUCUUUGUGCUGGAGUUCAAGCCCCAAGACCCACCUCUCUGGCCAGGUUUCAGAGCCCAAGCAGGAACGUCUGUUGCUAUUUUUAGCCCUGUAACGCAAGCCAGAGCCAGUUGAUCUGGGCUCUGAGACUCGCUACUUUGGGUUUUAUUGCAGUGUAGACAAAGCUGUAGCAUGUCUUGUUCUCUUGUGAAAUCUGGGCUCUUUAGGUCCAUAGCACAACAUGGCCCACCAGCAAGGCCUCCAGAAGUUUAAUCUCUCUCUCAUAAACCCUACGUCCCCCCACCAGCCGGAGAUUUGCAGUUCACAUACAGUCAUGGGCCUGGUUAAGAUUAAGGAGCGCACAGCAAAUUGGGACGAAUGAGCCACAGGUUGAAAAUCCAGCCGUGCCGCUUGGAUGCACAAGACUGAUUGCGUCUUCCUUUACAGUGGGAGGUGGCCUGUAUGUGACAGCGAUCCCUGAUGUGUAGCCCCUCCAGUUGUGAUACCGCUCAUCCUAGCCAUGGAUUGAGAAUCUAAAUAUUCAACCUCCAGCGAAUUCAUACACUGGAAAAAAUCUGCUUCCCUGGAGUGACUGUGAAGGAGGAUCUGACACCUCCAAAAUGUCUAAACUUAUGUGCAGCUGCAGACUAACAGCUCAUUAACCUUCCCUCUAAUUGGACAGCUCUGUGAGGCACUGGAUUGGGAGAACAAUGCAGAGCAUGGAGGGACUGGCUGUUGGACUCCGAUGGUCCCUUGUUUCCCGCCAGCCGUGGGGAACACCUGCAAUCAACAUGGGUCUGUGAGUCUUGCAGAUCUGCUUGUAAAGAGAGUGGGGGGAGGACCUAUCCGCACCCCCCUUAAAUUCGGAAGAUGUCUGUGCUGUUUCUCACAUACCACCCACCCAGAUCUUUCUGGAGCAGAAAAAGAUUCAAGCUGUCAAAUUGACGCUGGAUUUGGGGAAGCAAGGUGGAUACUUAAAUAGGCAGGCUGGAAAAAAAAGAGGAAAUGUAUUUGGAAUGGCCAAGCACUGAAAUAACCCGUAGAAUGAGCUACUAUCCCUGAAUG